CACUGCAUUUAGCUUACAUGCAUCAGCGCUGUUAAGAACUUGUAGUUCAGUGUUCGUUUUUUUAGAUGUCAUAGUGGUUGUCUUGGAGUCUUCUCAUUAUCAGAUUAGACAUGUGCUACAAGAAGUGUGUCAUCCUCGAAUCAGAAUUGACUUUGUCACUGUGCCUGAUGAUCAGGAUAUGGGAACUGCUGACACUCUACGCCAUCUAGUGGCACUGAAGAAGAUAGUGUCAGAUGUGUUGGUGAUCAGCUGUGAUUUGGUAACAGAUGUUCCUCUUCAUCGACUGGCUGACACCCACAGGACACAGAAUUCUUCCCUUACAAUGAUGCUUGUGUCGAUGAUUAAUCACAAUGCUGAGAAGGAUACACUAAUUGGAGGAAAAGGUGGAGCAAAGACAAAGACAGGCACUGAGAAAGGAGAGAGAGAUUUUAUAGGGUUGGAUCAGGAUGGUCGCUUGUUGUUUUUUGCAGCAGAGGCAGAUCUUGAAGAAGACAUUGUGUUAAGAAAAUCUCUUUUAGCCCGGUAUCCCCACAUCACUGUUUGUACGAUGCUUGUUGAUGCUCAUCUUUAUUUAAUCAACAAAUGGGUUUUAGACUACUUGGCAGAGAGCAAGACACUAAGCACUGUAAAAGGGGAGUUGGUGCCUUAUCUUAUUCAGAAACAGUUUCGUCGAGCUAAGACAAACUGUGAGGCAAGCCUAUCUAUAUUUGAAUUGCCAGAAGGUCAGAGAAGAAGGAGUGGCUCACAGUUAGAUAUUUACUCUUAUGCAUCAUUCAACUCUAUUGGACACAUGGCGUUGGAAGUGUCAACUAGUGGCAACACUGCCUCAACGCAGAGGACUUUGCAAAGGGAUGAGAUUCGAUGUUAUGCCUGUGUGGUGGAUGAUGGAUUUUGUGUAAGAGCUAAUACUCUUGCUAGUUAUGAUGAAGCAAACAGACAAAUUUGUCGUCAUUUGGCAUCUGUGUUCCCUGAGGGAAGAGACCCUUCUAUUCAUCCAACUGCAUCUAUUCACCAAAGGUCACAGGUAGGUUCUGAUUCUAUGGUGGGGGAGGGGGUAAUGAUUGGAGAACGAUGUUCAAUCAAGUGGUCAAACAUUGGGAAACAUAGCUGUAUUUCUGAUCGUGUCAAAAUUACCAACUCCGUUAUUAUGGAUUAUGUGACUAUUAAAGAAGGGUGUAACGUACAAGCAUGCAUUGUAUGCAAUAAUGCACACCUUGGAGAAGGCUGUGUGUUGAAGGGAUGUCAAGUUGCACAAGGAUUUACAGUUAAAGAACGAAGUAAGAUGUAUUGAUUUGUAGAAUUUGAAUUCCGUUAUAGAGAUAGGCGCAUGUUAGGAGUGUACUUGCGUACACCAAUGACACUGACACAUGCACGGGCAUUCAUACCACACACACACACACACACACACACACACACACACACACACACACACACACACACACACACACAACACCAUCAUUGAUCAAUGCUAUCGCCACCACCAUCAUAACCUGGACUUGACCAAGAGGAACAUCAAGAUAACAGAAAUGGGAUUAAAUGAAUUGAUAUUGACUUGAGUUUUCAUACAUACCGUAUUGUCACAAAUAAAAGCCGACCUUGAAUUCCACCCGAUUUCGAAUGCAAGUUGAAAAUUAAAGACCCCGUGCUGUGUACAAGUCGGUCGUGUUUAGAAGUCGAUCUUUUGUUCAAGAUGCACAGUACUCGUAUGGCACGCGGUCAAGUGCAUGUGCGCAUGUGUAGACGUGUGCAUGCAGCGUCCAAUGACACCAACAAUGAUGACGAAGAUUUAGCUGAUGCUCUUGAAACUGGCAUCUUAUGGUAAUCAUAUCACAAAUCUUGCUUUUUCAAGUGGUAUAUGGUUGUCAUGUCUAUACCUUAGCAUGUUCGAAUGGCAUGUAAGCCUCAAUUCCAAUUUGGCUUAUACACAAAUAAGUGCGGUCUUUAUUUGCGACAAUACGGCAAAUGGUAUUUCUAUGUGACAGUCACACUGUAGUUUUCAAUGGCAUGUGAAUAGUUUGGGAUUCUGAGUCUGGUUCACAUUAGCGACGCAGUCGCCUUGCGUUUUUUACGUCAAAGACUUGCGUUCUUUCUUACGGUUCACAUUAAAUUGGCACGGUGCAGAAUAUGACACAGCAUUGAUGCAACAUUGACACAAAAUAUAGAACGAGUUCUAUUUCUUGUGUCCGAUUUUGGCGUCUUGCGUUUGAUUUUUGCAUCUUGCGUUCAUGCACACAUUGAAAUCAAUAUGUAACAAUGCUGGACGAAGCAAUCGAAACUCUCGUGGAACGUGCGAGGAGCUACCACUGUCUGUGGGAUGUGCAACAUCCUUUUUACAAUAACGGAGCAAAGCGCUUCUUCAAACAUUGUAGCGGAAUAUUUUUGCGCUGUAAAGGGGAGGGGCUGGCUACACGAGACUAGCAGUGGAAGCCGUAAGUAAAUACAUCAUCAAAGAAGAUGCAUGCGCUAACUACACAAACGCAGAAACUAAAGUCGAAUGUGAAUGCUUUUGGACACAAGGGAUGAAGACUCAAGAUGCAAGACGCAAGAUGCAAAGCGCAAGACACUGCGUAUUUUUGAUAUGAACCUGCCCUUAGUUGUACCGAUGUUUUGUAUACAUGUACUUACAUUUGUUACUAAACGAACUUGAGAUUUAGCAAUGUUUUUGUAUAGUUAAUUAAAGAGUUAAGUUUUGAAGUCAAAC